AUGUCUCUUAUACAUCGUGCUGGUCGACUGAUGCAGCAAUACGCAGUUGAUCAGUGCUGCAAAAUAGAAGAACAGCGGCUUAAAUAUCAUCGCGACCAUCAAGCCCAGCUGCGUGCUGAUGCUUACUCUGGCAUUAUGGACUUCGCUGGACUAGCAGACCAGCAACUACAUGGCGAACCAAUUGGAAAUCACAGAAACCUUGGCCAGGCAGGAACGCGUAUUAUUCUCGCACCAUCUUUCCCCGGCGGCGACCGAUUCAUGCGGGCACAAUAUCAAGAUUCAAUGGCGAUUGUGCGAGCGAUCGGAAAGCCUGACCUGUUUAUAACGGUCACUUGCAAUCCCAAAUGGCCGGAAGUGACGGAGGCUCUUCUUCCAAGGCAGCAAGCCGCAGAUCGUCCUGACCUUACAGUGCGUGUUUUUCGUUUAAAAUUAAAAGCUAUUUUUGAAGAUCUGUCGGCAGGAGUGCUGGGACUCGAGAUUGCGCGAAUACACGUUAUUGAAUUCCAAAAGCGUGGCCUACCGCAUGCACACUGUUUGAUAAUCCUCGGUGACACGGACAAACCACGGUCGGCGGCGGAUUACGACCGUUUGGUUUUGGCUGAAAUUCCGGACCAAGCGAACGAGGAGUUAAACGAAACAGUGAGCAAGUGUAUGAUGCAUGGACCUUGCGGUAGAUCGAAUCCUCAAGCACCUUGCAUGAAGGAUGGCGUUUGUUCGAAGUGGUUCCCUAAGCAGUAUACCAAGGAAACGCGUCAGGCCGAGGACGGAUAUCCCGUGUAUCGUCGCCGCAACGAUGGACGCAAAGUCGUCGUUAAGGGAGUGGAAUUGGACAACCGGUAUGUGGUGCCAUACAAUCCAUGGCUUUGCCAUAAGUAUAACUGCCACAUUAAUGUGGAAAUAUGCGCAUCGGUGGCCAGUAUAAAAUACUUGCACAAGUAUUUGUUUAAGGGUUGCGACCAUGUAGCAUUUUCCACUGACACGCAGUCAUGCGAUGAAAUUCAACAGUAUCAGGAUGCACGAUACAUCUCAGCCUCUCAAGCUAUGUGGGUUAUAUUUGGUUUUGAGAUGCAGGCCAAAACGGUGACCGUCGUUCAAUUGCCCAUACAUCUGGAACACCAACAUCGUAUCACGUUCCAGCCAAACGAAAAUCUGGCAGCAAAUGAUCCUGGCGCACGGAAUCUAACGUACCAAGAAGUCCCAACUUACUAUCGGUUUGAUAAACCCACUCAUCGAUUGCCAUGGUACGACGGACCAGGAAUGCAAUGGGUCCCACGCAUUAGAGAGUUCUGUAUCGUGGUUGGUCGAAUGGUGUACUGCUCUAUGUCACAAAUGGAACGGUAUUGCCUACGAUUGUUGCUGUGCUACCGCAAAGGUCCAACUUCAUUCGAGGACCUGCGGACUGUCGACGGAACUGUGUUUGCGAGCUACCAAGAAGCAGCAACAAUGGCUGGACUAUUUCAAGACGAUCUCGAAUGGGAUCGGGCCAUGCAAGAAGCCGUCACAUUUCAAAUGCCUUCCCAGUUGCGCAAUUUGUUUGCAGUUAUCCUUUCUCAAGGAUUGGCACAGAAUCCUCGCCGCCUAUGGGACACAUACGUAGAUCAUCUGUGCGAAGACUUUCAUUGGCAGCAUCGUGACCGCUACACAUCGGAAGAAUCUGAUCAAAAUCGUAUACUGCGUGCACUGGAACAGUUUCAGGCUCUCCGUCUAAUCGAAAAAUACUUACGGGAAAGCACACCAUCAAAAACGCUCACCAGCAUCUCGGGUAUGCCACAGUUAGCCGAUUUUCACCAAUUUAUACCAAUAGAUCAACUACUGUCCGAUCAAACCAGUGUCAACAUGCACAUAGAUGCGGAGCGUUCGUACUCCAUCAACACGCUUGACGAAACACUAGCAUCGUUGCAUAUGCUAAAUGUCGAACAGCGUUUGGUAUACGAUGUCGUAGCAGCAGCGGUGGAUCGUCACGAAUCGGAAUUCGAAGGCUUACCCGAAGAACAUCGCAACCUGUUCUUCUUGGAUGGACCAGGUGGUACCGGAAAAUCAUUCCUUCUAGAGAAGAUUCUGGCUUAUACGCGCCGCCAGUCGAAGAUUGCUCUUGCUGCAGCCUCAAGUGGUAUCGCAGCGUUACUCUUGACGGGAGGUAAAACGGUGCACUCGACCUUUAAGUUACCUCUGGCACUUGACGAAAACAGUACGUGUAAUAUACCCGUACAAUCAUCCCUUGCGAACCUGAUGCGGCAAGCAGCACUCAUCGUCUGGGACGAAGCCUCGAUGAGCAGUCGCUACGCUCUUGAAGCUGUCGACCGUACUCUACAAGACAUCGUGGGUGUGCAUAGGCCGUUUGGCGGUAAGGUCUUGCUACUCUGUGGCGAUUUUCGACAGAUUCUUCCAAUCGUCCCGAAAGGUACAGAUGCACAGGUUAUCCAGCAGUGUUUAAAAAAGAGUGCAUUGUGGGAGCAAUUUAAGGGAGAUGACGUACUAUUACCACGCAUUUUAUGUGACAGCAACGAUGCGAAUAUUCCGUUCCAAAUUCGCCGGAAACAAUUUCCAAUUCAGGUAUGCUUUGCGAUGACAAUUAACAAGGCGCAAGGCCAGUCCUUGCAACAUCUUGGACUGUACACCGAUUGA